CGCGGGGCUGCCCCGGACGCGCUGAGCCGCGGGGCUGCGCGCUGAGCCGCGGAACCCGCGGGCCCCCGGCCCGGGCGGAGUAGGCGGCAGGAUGUGGAACCAGAGCGGCUCGCCGAACUCCAGCGCGCGCGCCCCGGGCUACGAGAACGACACCUGGCCCGAGUACCCCGUGCACCUGUUCCCAGCCCCGGUGCUGACGGGCAUCACGGUCACCUGCAUCCUCCUCUUUGUCGUUGGGAUUCUAGGCAACCUCAUGACCAUGCUGGUGGUGUCCAGGUUCCGAGACAUGCGGACUACGACCAACCUCUACCUGUCCAGCAUGGCUUUCUCCGACCUGCUGAUCUUUCUCUGCAUGCCCCUGGACCUCUUCAGGCUCUGGCAGUACCGACCCUGGAACUUCGGAGACCUCCUCUGCAAGCUCUUCCAGUUCGUCAGCGAAAGUUGCACUUACUCCACCAUCCUCAACAUCACAGCCCUGAGCGUGGAGAGGUACUUCGCCGUCUGUUUCCCCCUCAAAGCAAAAGUAGUGAUCACCAAAGGGAAAGUCAAGCUGGUCAUCCUGGUCCUCUGGGCUGUGUCCUUUGCAAGCGCGGGACCUAUUUUUGUCUUGGUUGGGGUUGAGCACGAGAAUGGAACGAACCCCUUGGACACCAACGAGUGCAGAGCUACGGAGUAUGCGAUCAAAUCAGGGCUGCUCACCAUCAUGGUCUGGACCUCCAGCGUCUUCUUUUUCCUGCCUGUGUUUUGCCUGACUGUGCUUUACAGCCUUAUUGGGAGGAAAAUCUGGAGGAGGAAGAGAAAGAACAUGGGACCAAAUACCUCUAUUAGGGACAAGAACAACAAACAAACUGUGAAAAUGUUAGCUGUGGUGGUGUUUGCUUUCAUACUCUGCUGGUUGCCUUUUCAUGUAGGACGAUAUUUGUUUUCCAAAUCCUUUGAAGCCGGAUCCUUGGAGAUAGCUGUGAUCAGCCAGUACUGCAACUUGGUGUCCUUCGUCCUCUUCUACCUUAGUGCUGCCAUCAACCCUAUCCUGUACAACAUUAUGUCUAAGAAGUAUCGAGUCGCGGCUUGCAGGUUGUUUGGACUCAAAGCACUCCCAAAGAACAGAUUCUCUGUUACAAAGCAGGAACAUUCUUGUGCUUGGACAGAAUCUAAUGUGAUUACAUGACAACCUAUAUCAAGUGCUAAAGCAUCACUUACCAAUAUUACACAGAAAGCCAUAACGAAAGAGAAAGAUAUUCAAAGCAAAAUGUAAAGCAGUAUUCCUGUUCAUCAUUGGGGCUUGCUAAAAGAUAUGAUGUAGACAGUUAAAGAUAAGAAAAAUGAGUGGAGCACUGAGCAGAUAACGGGUGAUCCAUGCUGACAGAACUCUAGUAUUAUUUUCCUGCAGCUUUUGGUGCCUAUGAUUUUAUAUGAAAGACACUGGCAAGGGAGCUGGACUUUACCAUUAAAAAGCAGGAUGCAACCCUGUCCAUCUUACUUAUGUGACUUCAUUGGGAGCUAAGGUGAGCAGGAUUUGUCCCGUGAUAAUCUUAACAUGUCAAUGGAAUCAGGAUAGCAAUCAGAUCAACUUCAUUGAGAGUUUUGCCUAAGUAAAGAUGAGGCCCUAGAAGAAGUUUAAUUCAGCUGCCUUUUGCAGGUAAACAUUGAAUUUGUUGUGCUAUGCCAUAAUCAUGAUCAAAAGCAUUCAAGGGGAAAUGAUUUAUGAAAGAGAAAGGAAUAAAAGUGGAAAAGUUUUAAACAUGCUAAAAAUCAGUGGCCUUCAGAUCAUGUCAGAACAGAAGGGAAAUAAAAACAAUACCUUUAGGCAGAACUGCCUUACAAAGCAAUUAGAGCAGUACUGAUUUUUUUUUUAAUGUAUCAGUGUGGCAAGUAUCCGAGGGGUAGCCGUGUUAGUCUGGAUCCGUAAAAAGCAACAGAGUCCUGUGGCACCUUGAAGACUAACAGACGUAUUGGAGCAUAAGCUUUCGUGGGUGAAUACCCACUUUGUCAGAUGCUCCAAUACAUCUGUUAGUCUUAAAGGUGCCACAGUGUGGCAAGGACAGUAUUGACAUCAGAAUCACAAUGAUGUAGUAAGGAAAACUAUUGAAUGCAAUCCCCACCAAAAUGAUCUUUUAAAGAGGAAAUAUUCCUUAGCAUGGUAUUUUUUCCACUAAAAACAUUAAAUCGCAAAUCUCACCCAAAUGCAAUUGAAAAGAUAGCUAUAUCAUCCACACAGUUUCUUUGGCUAGAUUGUAAGUAUCUUGAUGUCUUUGAACUUGCAAGCUUUAUUGUUUUAAUAUUGUAACAAAUCUGUGACUAGCUAGGAACUGUCCAUUUGUUACUGUGCUGAAUACCAUGGCCACUCAGAACUUGGUUACAGGGAGGGUAAUUAACCAUUGGAAUGAACAGUUUACUAAAGGUCAUGGUGGACUCUCCAUCACUGGCAAUAUUUAAAUCAAGAUUGGAUGCUUUUCUUAGAAAUAUGUUCUUGGACUUAUUUUGGGGCAGUUCUAUAGCCUGCUAUAUACAGGAGGCCAGAUCAGAUGGUCAGAUCAGAUCACAAAGGUCCCUUCUGUAAAUCUAUGAAACUCCUGUCCCAAAAGCACAGCUCCCUUUCAUCUAAAGAAUAUCAGUUUGCUGUUACCAGUAUAGUGCCUAUGACACACAGCUGAGCAGUUCUGAUUCCAUCCAGUAGAGCGCAGUGAUAAACAUAUACACUGAGUUGCUGAUCUUUAAAACCCUUGAAUUCCAUUGAUUUUUGUAACUCAGGUCUCUUUUUCCAGUACUGUCCAUCUUUUAUGCUGUAUGCAUGUUCUGUACUGCCUCUGCCGUUAUGUAGGCUUAUACAAUCUAAUAGCAUGCAUGUGGAAUAGUAGAUUUAUACUUAUUUUGUUUCUUGUAUUUAUUACUGGUUGGCCCAUAGCUUGCUCCACUUAAUGAAUUAUCUGUCUUGUCCAAAAUUCCUUUAAGGAUAAUGAGCCAUAUUCUGCUCUUUUACACCUCCAGUUAAUGGAACAACUCGGGUGUAACUAAGAGCAGUAUUUGGCCUAUUCUGUAUCUACUGUAUGUUUUGCAUAUAGAUUGUUUGUUUGAAAAGCAUUAAAGUUAAGACUGCUUCUUUUGGGAUGUGACACCUGAGUCCAUUUUGUGGCCUGAUCCUGCACUUGCUGAAGCCAGUGAACAUCUUUACUGUGAAGUAAUUGGGUGCAAAUGUAUAGGUGAAGAGACAAAAGCAGCUUAGGGUUUAUAACCAUCAAAGAUGCAAAAGGCUAACGAAUUAAAAACUCAGGGGUGAGGCAAGCCUCUGACUGUUUGACACCAGUUCAUGUUCCAUUAGUAUGAGACAGAAGCAGGUAAU